AUGGGCAAGUACGGCAAGGCCGUCAAGGACGGCGGCAGAAUGGUGCGAGAUGAUUCGGAAUCGCUGCGCAAGGGUGCGGUCAAGAAAAAUCCGACAAAGAAGCCCAUCGCCAAGACAGCAACAGCAACAGCAACAGCAACAGCAACAGCAACAGCAACAGCAUCAGCAACAGCAACAGCAACAGCAAAAGCUGAUGUAGAGUCUGUUGUUCCUCUCAGACUCCAACAACUUGCACUCAACAUCUUCAAAGAUACCUUCCCGGAAGUUUUGACCUCCCAAUCUCUGCCUGCUUUGCUGCAAGAGGUCAAAGGUCGACUGUACGAAAGAGAUUUCGAAGGAGCAUUUGGCCGAAAGGACUACCUCGAGGCCUACUCUGUUCGGUGGAGUCCCAGCCGAGCCCUUUGCUACCAGAAUAUCCUGGUCGACCUUCAGCAACACCUCAGGGAGAUAUUCCCAACUUGCUAUAGUGAGAAGACAACAGAUAUCGCUUGCUUGCGUGCCAUAGCUUUUGGUGGUGGUGCCGCUGAGGUUGUUGCAUUUGGUGCUUUCCUUCGACACGUGCGUGGGACUCUCCAACAAAAGACCAUCCAUGGUGCGGAUCUCAAGUUAGAAACCCUCGCAAUCACAGAUGCUGUUCCCGGAUGUUCACCGCUCAGGCACAAGUCCGAUUCGGCAGAGCCAGAAAUCGAACUUGUGCUUGUGGACAGUGCGGGUUGGGAGGAUGUUUGUCUCAAACUCGGCCGCGGGCUCACAACAACUCCCAUCCUUUCGAAAUACGCAAAUGCUGCAGCCAGGGAGGCAAAUUUUCCCUUGCUGGAUGUCGGAAGUCUCAAGUCAACAUUCGUUUUGGAAAACGCACUCCAGUUAGAUCAGCAUCAGAUUCUCAAGUUAGUUGGGGGGACGGAAGCACUUAUCACGCUUCUCUUCACCUUGAACGAAAUGUAUACAGCAUCGAUCAGCAAGACCACCAAAUUCCUUCUCAACUUAACAUCCGCUGUCAAGCCGGGCACUUUGCUGCUCAUAGUUGACAGUCCUGGGAGCUACUCGGAAACCAUGGUUGGUCCGGCUGGUGAGACAGAAGCACCUAAGAAGUAUCCAAUGAAGUGGUUGCUUGAACAUACUCUGCUUGGAAACGAAACACCAAGAAGUGCAGAAAGUCAAACCAGCCUCUGGGAGAAAGUUGAGUCAGACGACUCAAGAUGGUUCAGAAUUCACGAAACCCUCCGAUAUCCGAUAGCCAUCGAGAAUAUGCGGUAUCAAUUGCACCUCUAUCGAAAGAUAUGA